AUGAUGCCCCAGAAGAAAAAGAGGAGAAAGAAAGACAUCGACUUCCUGGCCCUGUAUGAGGAGGAGCUGCUGAACUAUGCCUCUGAAGACGACAGGGAGGAGCUGGAGCAUGAGUACUACAAGGCCAGAGUGUAUGAGGUGGUCACAGCCACAGGGGAUGUUCGAGGUGCAGGGACAGACGCCAAUGUCUUCAUCACCAUUUUUGGAGAGAAUGGGCUCUCUCCAAAGCUCCAUCUCACCAGCAAGAGCGAAUCUGCCUUUGAGAAAGCCAAUGUGGAUGUCUUCCGGGUGAGAACCAACAAUGUGGGCCUCAUCUACAAAAUCAGGAUCGAGCAUGACAACACAGGCUUAAAUGCCAGCUGGUACCUGGAUCAUGUGAUUGUCACUGACAUGAAGCGGCCCCACCUCCGCUACUACUUCAACUGCAACAACUGGCUGAGCAAGGUGGAAGGUGACCGCCAGUGGUGCCGUGACCUGCUGGCCAGCUUCAACCCCAUGGACAUGCCCAGAGGUAAUAAGUAUGAAGUCAAGGUGUACACUGGCGAUGUCAUUGGUGCAGGGACUGAUGCUGAUGUCUUCAUCAACAUCUUUGGAGAGUAUGGAGACACAGGGGAACGUAGGCUGGAGAAUGAAAAGGACAACUUUGAAAAGGGAGCUGAAGACAAGUUCACACUGGAUGCCCCAGAUCUGGGGCAGCUGAUGAAGAUCAAUGUCGGCCACAACAACAAGGGGGCGUCCGCAGGCUGGUUCCUGUCCACGAUUGUCAUUGAAGAUAUUGGGAACAAAAGAAAAUAUGACUUUCCUCUUAACCGCUGGCUGGCCUUGGAUGAGGACGAUGGCAAAAUCCAAAGGGAUAUCUUAGUGGGUGGAGCAGAGACCACAGCUAUCUCGUAUAUUGUCACCGUCUUCACUGGGGAUGUCCGGGGGGCUGGGACCAAAUCCAAAAUCUACCUGGUCAUGUACGGAGCCAAAGGCAGUAAGAACAGCGGGAAGAUCUUCCUGGGGGGUGGAGUGUUUGACCGGGCCCGCACAGACAUCUUCCACAUCGAGCUGGCUGUCCUCCUCAGCCCCCUGAGUCGGGUCUCCAUUGGGCAUGGCAAUGUUGGAGUCAACAGAGGCUGGUAUUGUGAGAAGGUGGUGAUUCUGUGCCCCUUCACUGGCAUCCAGCAGACCUUCCCUUGCAGCAACUGGCUGGAUGAGAAGAAAAUGGAUGGGCUGAUUGAGAGGCAACUCUAUGAGAUGGUGUCUCUCAGGAAAAAGAGGCUGAAAAAAUUUCCCUGGUCCCUGUGGGUCUGGACAACUGACUUGAAGAAAGCUGGUACCAACUCUCCUAUCUUCAUCCAGAUUUAUGGGCAGAAGGGGCGGACAGAUGAAAUCCUCUUGAAUCCCAACAACAAGUGGUUCAGACCUGGCGUAAUUGAGAAGUUCAGGUUUGAGCUUCCAGAUCUCGGCAGGUUUUAUAAGAUCCGGACAUGGCACAAUAAAAGGAGUCCUGGUUCUGGAUGGCAUUUAGAGAAGAUGACCCUGAUGAACACUCUGACCAAGGACAAGUAUAACUUCAACUGCAAUCGCUGGCUGGAUGCCAAUGAGGAUGACAAUGAGAUUGUGAGGGAAAUGACUGCAGAGGGCCCCACAGUGCGGAGGAUAAUGGGCAUGGCCCGAUACCGUGUGACUGUGUGCACGGGGGAUCUUGAAGGUGCGGGAACCGAUGCCAAUGUCUACCUCUGCCUUUUUGGGGAUGUGGGAGACACGGGGGAGCGGCCACUCUACAAUUGCAGGAAUAACACCGACUUGUUCAAGAAGGGCAACGCUGAUGAGUUCACCAUUGAGUCAGUCACCAUGCGGAAGGUGAGGAGGGUGCGCAUCAGACACGAUGGCAAAGGCGUGGGCAGCGGCUGGUUCCUGGAGCGGGUCCUCGUGAGGGAGGAAGGACAGCCUGAGAGUGACAACGUGGAAUUCCCAUGUCUCAGAUGGCUGGACAAGGAUAAGGAUGAUGGGCAGUUGGUCCGAGAGUUGCUGCCCAGUGACAGCAAUGCUACCCUGAAGAACUUUCGCUAUCACAUCAGCUUGAAGACUGGGGAUGUCUCUGGGGCCAGCACAGAUUCGAGAGUCUACAUUAAACUCUAUGGAGAAAAAUCUGACACCAUCAAGCAAGUUCUUCUUGUCUCUGACAACAACCUGCAAGAUUACUUUGAACGUCACCGAGUGGACGAGUUCACCCUUGAAACCCUGAACAUUGGAACUAUCAACAGGCUGGUGGUCGGGCAUGAUGGCACAGGCAUGCACGCCGGCUGGUUCCUGGGCAGCGUCCAGAUCCGCGUGCCCCGCCAAGGCAAGCAGUACACCUUCCCUGCCAACCGCUGGCUGGACAAGAACCAGGCCGAUGGGCGCCUGGAGGUGGAGCUGUACCCCAGCGAGGUCCUGGAGAUCCAGAAAUUGGUCCACUAUGAAGUUGAGAUUUGGACAGGAGAUGUUGGCGGUGCGGGCACCACUGCCCAACUGGAGGCGGCCGACGUGGGUGAGAUCUUCAAGAUCCGGCUGGGGCACACGGGUGAGGGCUUCGGGCCCAGCUGGUUCGUGGACACGCUAUGGCUGCGGCACCUGGCGGUGCGGGAGGAGGACCUCACGCCCGAGGAGCAGGCCCGGAAGAAGAAGGAGCAGGACAAGCUGCGGCAGCUGCUCAGGAAGGAGCGGCUGAAAGCCAAGCUGCAGAGGAAGAAGAAGAAGGGCAGCGACGAGGAGGAGGAGGGGGGCGAGGAGGAGGAGUCCUCGUCGGAGGGGUCCUCGUCUGAAGAGGAGGAGGAGACUGAGGAAGAGGAGGAGGAGGAGGAGGAGGAGUUCGGGCCAGGUUUGCAGGAGGUGACUGCGGAGUACAGGUUCGAAGCCCACCGCUGGCUGGCGCGCGGCAAGGGGGACGGUGAGCUCGUCGUGGAGCUGGUGCCGGCGGGCCGGCCGGGCCCUGAGCCCAAUACCUACGAGGUCCAGGUGAUCACAGGGAGCGUGCCCAAGGCCGGCACCGAUGCCAACGUCUACCUGACCAUCUACGGUGAGGCAUACGGGGACACGGGUGAGCGGCCGCUGAAGAAGUCAGACAAGUCCAACAAGUUUGAGCAGGGACAGACAGACACCUUCACCAUCUACGCCAUUGACCUGGGGGCCCUGAUGAAGAUUCGGAUUCGCCACGACAACUCAGGCAACAGGCCAGGCUGGUUCCUGGACAGAAUAGACAUCACUGAUUUGAACAACGACAUCACGUACUACUUCCCAUGCCAACGCUGGCUGGCGAUGGAAGAGGAUGAUGGCCAGCUGUCCAGGGAGCUGUUGCCAGUGGACGAGUCCUGUGUGCUGCCACCAAGCGAGGACGAGGAGGGUGGGGGAGGGGGUGGCAACAACCCCCUCGACAACCUGGCCCUGGAGCAGAAAGAUAAGUCUACCACAUUCUCCGUGACUGUAAAGACCGGGGACAAGAAGAAUGCGGGCACUGAUGCCAAUGUCUUCAUCACACUCUUUGGCACGAAAGAUGAUACUGGAAUGACCCUCCUGAAAUCCUCCAAGACCAACAGCGACAAGUUUGAAAGAGACAGCAUUGAAAUCUUCACGGUGGAGACUCUGGACUUGGGAGAUCUGUGGAAAGUCAGGAUUGGCCACGACAACACAGGCAAGGCUCCAGGCUGGUUUGUAGACUGGGUAGAGGUGGACGCCCCAUCUCUCGGAAAAUGCAUGACGUUCCCCUGUGGCCGCUGGCUGGCCAAGAAUGAAGAUGAUGGGGCCAUCGUCAGGGACCUCUUCCACGCGGAGCUUCAGACGAGGCUGUAUACACCAUUUGUGCCUUAUGAGAUCACCCUGUACACCAGCGACGUCUUUGCCGCCGGGACAGAUGCCAACAUCUUCAUCGUCAUCUAUGGCUGUGAUGCCGUGUGCACUCGGCAGAAGUACCUGUGCACCAACAAGAGGGAGCAGAAGCUGUUCUUUGAGAGGAAGUCCGCCUCCCGCUUCAUUGUGGAGUUAGAAGAUGUGGGAGAAAUCAUUGAAAAAAUUCGGAUUGGCCAUAAUAAUACAGGCAUAAAUCCUGGGUGGCACUGCUCCCACGUGGACAUCCGCAGGCUCCUCCCAGAUAAAGAUGGCACAGAGACCUUGACGUUCCCUUGUGACCGGUGGCUUGCCACCUCAGAGGAUGACAAGAAGACCCUUCGAGAGCUGGUCCCUUAUGACAUCUUUACUGAGAAAUACAUGAAAGAUGGGUCCUUAAGGCAAGUCUACAAGGAAGUGGAGGAGCCUCUGGACAUUGUGCUAUACUCGGUGCAGAUCUUCACAGGAAACGUCCCUGGGGCAGGGACAGACGCCAAGGUCUACAUCACCAUCUAUGGAGACCUGGGGGACACAGGCGAGCGGUACCUUGGCAAGUCAGAGAACCGCACCAACAAGUUCGAGAAAGGAGCGGCUGACACCUUCAUCAUCGAGGCUGCUGACCUGGGUGUCAUCUACAAGAUCAAGCUCCGCCAUGACAACACCAAGUGGUGUGCAGACUGGUACGUGGAGAAGGUGGAGGUCUGGAAUGACACCAACGAGGACGAGUUCCUGUUCCUGUGCGGGCGCUGGCUGUCCCUGAAGCGGGAGGACGGGAGGCUGGAGAGGCUCUUCUAUGAGAAGGAGUACACUGGGGACCGGAGCAGCAAUUGCAGCAGCCCCGCCGACUUCUGGGAGAUUGCCCUGAGCUCCAAGAUGGAUGAUGUCGAUAUUGCCACAGUGACAGGGCCCAUGGCCAGCUAUGUCCAGGAGGGCCCAGUUAUUCCUUACUACGUGUCAGUCACCACCGGGAAGCACAAGGAUGCUGCCACUGACAGCCGCGCCUUCAUCUUACUCACUGGGGAGGAUGACGAGCGCAGUAACCGCAUCUGGCUGGACCACCCCCGAGGGAAGAGGGGCUUCAGCUGCGGCUCCGUGGAGGAGUUCUAUGUCGCAGGCUUGGAUGUGGGCACCAUCAAGAAAAUAGAGCUGGGCCAUGAUGGUGCCUCUCCCGAGAGCUGCUGGCUGGUGGAGGAGCUGUGUUUGGCUGUGCCCACCCAGGGCACCAAGUACAUGUUGCGUUGCAACUGCUGGCUUGCCAAGGACCGAGGUGACGGCAUCACCUCCCGUGUCUUCGACCUCCUGGAUGCCAUGGUGGUGAACAUUGGGGUGAAGGUACUCUACGAAAUGACAGUGUGGACGGGUGACGUAGUGGGUGGUGGCACCGACUCCAACAUCUUUAUGACCCUCUAUGGCAUCAAUGGUAGCACAGAGGAAGUGCAAUUGGACAAAAAGAAAGCCAGAUUUGAGCGGGAGCAGAAUGACACCUUCAUCAUGGAGAUCCUGGACAUUGCUCCAUUCACCAAGAUGCGGAUCCGAAUUGACGGCCUGGGCAGCCGGCCCGAGUGGUUCCUGGAAAGGAUCCUCCUGAAGAACAUGAAUACUGGUGACCUGACCAUGUUCUACUAUGGAGACUGGCUGUCCCAGCGCAAGGGCAAGAAGACGCUGGUGUGUGAAAUGUGUGCUGUCAUCGAUGGGGAGGAGAUGAUGGACUGGACUUCGUACACUGUCUCAGUUAAGACCAGUAACAUCCUGGGAGCAGGCACUGAUGCCAAUGUGUUCAUCACCAUCUUUGGGGAGAAUGGGGACAGUGGGACCCUGGCCCUGAAGCAGUCAGCCAACUGGAACAAGUUUGAGCGGAACAACACAGACACGUUCAACUUCUCCGACAUGCUGAGUCUGGGCCACCUCUGCAAGCUGCGGGUCUGGCAUGACAACAAAGGGAUGUUUCCUGGCUGGCACCUGAGCUACAUCGACGUGAAGGACAACUCGCGUGAUGAGACCUUCCGCUUCCAAUGUGACUGCUGGUUCUCCAAGAGCGAGGGCGACAGGCAGAUCGUCCGCGACUUUGCCUGUGCCAACAAUGAGAUCCAUCAUGAGCUGGAGGAGACCACCUACGAGAUCGUCAUAGAAACGGGCAAUGGAGGCGAAACCAGGGAGAAUGUCUGGCUCAUCCUGGAGGGUAGGAAGAACCGAUCCAAAGAGUUCCUCGUGGAAAAUUCUUCUCGGCAGCGGGCCUUCAGGAAGGGGGCCACAGACACGUUUGAGUUUGACAGCAUCUACUUGGGGGACAUUGCCUCCCUCUGCGUGGGCCACCUCGCCAGGGAGGACCGGUUUAUCCCCAAGAGAGAGCUGGUGUGGCAUGUCAAGACCAUCACCAUCACAGAGAUGGAGUACGGCAACGUGUACUUCUUUAACUGUGACUGCCUCAUCCCCCUCAAGAGGAAGAGGAAGUACUUCAAGGUAUUCGAGGUCACCAAGACGACAGAGAGCUUUGCCAGCAAAGUUCAGAGCCUGGUGCCGGUCAAGUACGAAGUCAUUGUGACGACGGGCUAUGAGCUCGGGGCGGGCACCGAUGCCAACGUCUUUGUGACCAUCUUUGGAGCCAAUGGGGACACAGGCAAGCGGGAGCUGAAGCAGAAAAUGCGCAACCUCUUCGAGCGGGGCAGUACUAACCGCUUUUUCCUGGAGACACUGGAGCUGGGCGAGCUGCGCAAGGCGCGGCUGGAGCAUGACAGCAGCGGCUACUGCCCCGGCUGGCUGGUGGAGAAGGUGGAAGUCACCAACACCAGCACAGGUGUGGCCACCAUCUUCAGCUGCGGCAGGUGGCUGGACAAGAAGCGCGGGGAUGGGCUCACCUGGAGAGACCUCUUCCCUUCUGUCUGAGGGGCCGGGACCCUCCCUCCCACCCUCUCUGCCCCGCUCCUGGCCAACCCUCCCCUCCCUCCACCUGGGCUUUAAGCAGUCCUGGGGACCCAGUGGUGUGUGGCUCUCUGGGCAAGAACUUCACAGUCUUUUGGAGGCCACUGUAGGUGACUACUUGUGGGGUCCUGCCCUCCCCAGUCUCCUGGAUCUGCAAGAACCAAUCAACAUGUGCCAUCAUCUGUGGCUGCACAAAAAUAACUUUUUGCAUUUUCUUUUCCAGUAACCACAGUGACCAGGCUGAGACUUGCUGCUGAAUAUGGAUGGGAAAUUGGGGCUUCACCCAGGGGAUAGAAGUGGGGAAGGAGAGGCCAUCAAGAUGGUAUAUUUUAAGCAAAAACUAAUUAACACUUUUUUCCCAAAAAA